UUGUUCUUCUGCUUCUUCGCUCUGUUGCGUGGAGGAGGUGUGACUGCUGCCCCCUGGCGUUCUGGAGGAAAACCCGCGGUAGUUUGUUAUUAGCCUACGAUGCUAGUUAGCUCCGCAGCUAACGAAACAAACUUACCUCGUGUGUUAUUUUGUCUCCCACCGCCCCUUAUGGGUUUUUAUGUUUAUCAUAAAAGGUGCUGGAAUAAAAUCGCGGUCGCUUUUUUUAAACGCGAAGUCCGCUUUUGAUCGUGGCUGACUUGAGAUGAAGAUAAGGUUAGCUUAGCUGCCGUGUUUGCUAACCAAGGGAGCGAUGGACCACCCCCGAUCCCACAAUCCCAACGCCAGCCACCAGUCAGCGUUCAAAAGAGAAAGAGGCGACGGUUGGAGAAAUCACCACGAGAAUAAACACUUAAAGCCGAACCAUCACCAGCAGCGUCAGUCCGGAUCAGCUCCAGAGCCGAACCCGCUCGGCUCUCAGAGUCUGAGCACCAGAAAGGAGCUUUAUGAAAGAGACUUUCCUGUUUACAAACAGCCUGUCGAGGUAGGAAGUUUUUCCCUCGAUGGAGAGCGCAGAUUCUUCAACGACGCCAGGCAGAUGAGAUACUACGAGGAACCCGAGAGAAGUCCCAAUUUCGACCUGAGGGAUGGAUACAAGGACCGCUUUAUAAAAAGGGAUGACAGUGUGAAGGAGAAGCUGGACCACAUCCUGCGCUGGAUCAUAGCCAAUAGAACAAAGUGUAGCUCAAGUGCGACCACGGCCUCAUCACGUGCUUUAGAUGCCGACUUUGUGACAUGGCGGGGUCACCUGACCAAGCUGCUGACCACUCCCUAUGAGACGCGGGAGGGCUGGCUGCUGGCGGCCACCAUGUUUAGAGGAACGCUUUACAUCAGUGAAGUGGAAACAGAGGCUUCUCGGAGGGACAGAGAGAACCGCACUGCGAGGCAUGAAGAGAUGAUGUACUGGGGGUACAAGUUUGAGCAAUACACAUGUGCAGAUGAGGUCCACAGUUUACCUGACCCGAGUGGCGUGGUGAACACGAAUGAGGCCUUUUGCACUGUGGUGCAGACUCGGCUCGCGGAUCACAGACUUCUGUUCUCCGGAGAGGUGGACUGUCGGGAUAAAGACCCCAACGCCCCAGCUGCUCCUGCCUGCUACGUCGAGCUGAAGACCUCAGCAGAGAUUUGCACCCCUAAACAGCGCAGCAACUUCCACAGGUUCAAACUGUUGAAGUGGUGGGCGCAGUCGUUCCUCCCUGGGGUCCCUCGCGUUAUAGCAGGCUUUCGGGAUCAUGAAGGAGUGGUGGUUUCUCUGGAGACGUUUCACAUCUCCAAGAUAUCACAUCUCAUCAAGAAUGAAUUUAACUGCUGGAAGCCGACAGUCUGUAUGAACUUCUGCUGUGAUUUCUUGUCUUUUGCGAAGCAUGUGGUUACUGAAGACAACCCAAGUGUGGUGUACCUGUUCACCUGGGAGCCCCACAGAGAUGUGACCUACUCCAUCCACAGGGACUCCCCGUAUUCAUUCCUGCCUCGCUGGUAUAUCGAGGAGAUGACCAGCAGUCGAGACUCACAUCAGUCCUGAUUUACAAUAUCUGGUUAAACAGAAUUCUUGAUAUAUUGUUAGUGGCCUCCAAUGGAGGGAUUUUUUUAAACCAAAAUACGUUGGCAUUUUAUGCAUGGACAACUUUAAUUGUGCAGCUUGCAGAGAUCAUGAUCAUUUGGAGGGAAUUUUUUUGUUAUCAUGUAUUCGUGUGUCAUACUGAAGGGUAUUAUUUUCCCCUGUGUGUGUGUGUGUGUGUGUUUGUGUGUUUGUGUGUGUGUGUGCGUGUGUGUGUGUGUGUGCAAACAGGCUACAUCCAUUCUGUUUUCGUUUUAAAACCACCGUCCAUAGGAACAUACCUUAAAAGGCAUUAUCAUGUGAUCAUUCAUGUACACUGGGCAUGUCAGUGUAAACAGGAGGCAGAAUAUUUCUCUGCACUGCUUAUAGCAAACACUAAAAACAAGGAACAAACAUGGUGAAAAGAUAGAGCAGGAUUUAUUUUCUUGGACUGAUGUGGGGAAACUGUUGAUGACACUGAGUGUUUACACUGUUUUGCCCUCACAGCUGGUAGAGUAGUGACCGAUAAGAACCAGGUGGCAAAUGCACGUGACUGCAUCUCCGUCUCCAAUUGAGACAGUUUGGCCGUGUAUACGUUUUCAAACUCAAACGGGGACAACAGCAAUUCCAACAUUUCCACUACUAAAAGGUAGUAGUGUGGAUGUAGCCUCACUGUUGGUGCUGAUCUGUCGUAGGGGAGACGGUGGAAGACGCACUCACACAUGCAGAGUGAAUACGUUUUCUACAGAGUUUACGCCUAAUAUUUCCUGCCUGUUGAGAACGGUAUUCAUUCAUCAUUUGAAAGAGAGCUGUGUUUUUUUUCAUAUAAAAAACAAUCACAGUGUAGUGUCAACAGUUUCACAAACUUUAUUAUUCCCUGGUUAUCACAAUCAUUUAAAUUCCCAAAACAGUUAGUGGGUUGAAAUAAACUAAAUUAGAAAAUGUUUUUAAAAAAUGUGUUGAAAAUAAAUGAAAGUGCAACAGCAGUUACAAAUAUUUUUCUGUAAACUGUUAAGACAAAUCACAACAUGUUCAGAUGAGCGACUGCCUUCUCUGUGGUUUUUUUUUUAAACUAACAGUGACACAUUCUCCAGAUUUGAGCGCUUUCUCAUCUUUUAAAUAAAGCCCAUUUCAUUCUCCCGUAAUCAUGUAACUUUCAGUUGUCUGAUUUUCCACACCAAUUACACAAGUCUCCUCAACAUUUUACUUGAUUUCUCAGAAAAUAAUUUAUGUAUCUUAAUGGAAAAAUACAUAUGCAGGGGACUGAUAUUUAUGAGCAUGUGCAAUUUGGUGCAGAAUCAAAUAAAAAUCCAGAUCUAGUGACUUGUGGUUUCGUUAGGGGAGUCUGAGGUAUGUGCUUGUCUAAUAUUAUGAAUUAGAAAGGCAUUCAGUCUGGUGGAUUUCCACUGAUGCAUUUCUAGGCAGUAGAUGCAUGAGUCUAAACCAACUUUUCUUUUUACAACUGAGCAAACUUAACAGGCAGAGAAGCUCAAAUCCAGUAAAUGAGUCAUUUGUUAGUUUUUAAACUGACAAUGUCCCACAUCAAUGCAUGUGAUGAGCAGAUGCAAGACUGUUAAUCCCCUUAAUAUGAAGUUAUACAGCAGUGUUGCGUACAGUAACUCUUGUAAUUAUAAAAAAAAAGAACCAUGGCUGCAGAACAUUAGUUCACUAACUCACAGAAAGAGCACAGUGAUGAACGGCUACUGUAAAUAACUGCCCGUGCCUUCCCUACCUAGAGGACGUACAGAGAUAAUGGAAUCAAAACGUUCAUACUGGCCAAUCAUUAAAAACAUAGUUCGAUAACACAGUGCAUCAUGGUUAAUGUAAAUCAUCAACAGUCCUCACAGUACAUAGUUCAGAUCAUAGUACAGUUUUUUAUGAUACAAUCAACAGGCACUUACUGUGGUAUAAUUACAUCUGUAACCUUUACAGUUUACUUUAUGGAAUCAUUCCAAGUAAUUUUAAAUUCAUGUUAAUUUAUUAUAAUUAUUAAAAUCCAAACCUUUCUAGGCUGGAAUACAAAACUAACGACAUAUCAACCGGAGCUCGGCCUAUUUCUAUCUUUCACCAUUUUUGUUGUUACAGCUCAUUUGUGUGUAGUAACGAUAUAUUGUGUGUGAGUUAAUUGCACAGUUAAACAUUUGACGGAGUGUAUGAGGAAUGAUCCAAGGGCCUAAAUCCAGGCAACGCAACAGGAGGUAAAUUAUUGGUCUCAUCAUUUCUGGGAGAACCCAGACAAAGUUUGACACUUUGGGGGAAAUGCUGUUAAUGCUAAGUCACUGAGAAUGAAUGAGGCCGAGCCGGUCUGUGGCUAAAGGUAACGGAGUUCAGCAACAAGCACUUCUACAGCUCAUUCAUAAAGUUACACACUGGUUAUAUCUUGAAGUUUAAAAAACGUCAGAUCGCUGUUUUCCAGAGUUGUGUCACAGACAGUAAACACAGUUUCUACCAAACCUUUCCUUUACAAAUAAUGUAAUAUUUUCCCUACUAGUCCUAAGAUCUCAUGUUUGUUAAAUAUAAUUUCAUUGUAGGCAAGGUAAUCUCUAUCUUUAUGUGCAUAUGAAAUCAUUGGCGUUUAGCUGUAACUCAAGUUCUUAAAGGGUUAAGAGAGGCUUGGUGGUGAAUACCCUGGACAGGUUGUUUCUCCAUCACGGGGCUAAAUUAAAUCAAGCCAAAAUUAAUGUUGUUUCUAGAUGGUCCGAUUAAUUAAGACCAGUAACUUGGUUAAAUUUGUUACCAUAUCAGACUUACCAAAUACAUUAUCAUGAUUUACUUCCUUAAA